AUGUCUUAUUCAAACAAAAGAACCAGAAGUUUUACUGACUUGCCUUCUUUCGAAUGCGAUUUCUGUAGCUUGACUCACCAUACUAGCAAACAACUUCGCAAUCACAAGCGUAUUUACAAAACAGUCAAUGUUCAUGUUGGUAAUGAGAAUUUACAAGAACCAGCUAUGAAAUCUGCUCCAGCACAAACAAAUAUAGAAGAUGUUCCAUUUGAUCCAUUCCAGUCAAGAACCUUUAAAGCGUCUUGCAACUUUAAAGCUGGUGACCAAGGACAUGUCUACAAUGACAACAUCUUUACCAACAAUACCUUCACGACAUCCGAGCUAUUCAGCAUUGGCUUGAACGAUCUUGUAACUGAUCAUGGGGUUUCUACAGAUCUGCAUAGUCUACUUGUAGAUCUUAUGAACAUGGUCAUUCGUGAUAAUGACAAGCUCAAAGAAGAGUAUAACCCAAAAGUCUUGCAUGCCGGGCCUGUCAACACGCUCAUCAAAAGCAAGACUGACCUGAAGUCUUAUGAGUACGACAUUUGUGAGAAUGUUUGCUUGCUCUUUGACAUCACCAAGGAUGAAGACAAAUGCUCCAUUUGCAAGGCCUACAGAUACAAGGAGAUCGAUGGUGACUCUUCUUUGGUACCAGUAAACAUCAUGAAGAUGAUGUCAAUUGGCGACCAACUGGCAAGACUUCUUGGUAACGACAAGACAAGAGCAAAGCUGCAAUGCAGGGCCAACAGGCAAUCUAUUUCAAAUAAAAUAUCUGAUUAUUUUGAUGGUGAAGAGUAUAAAACUCUAAAAGAGCAGCAGCUCUUUGAUUCCCCCAAUGACAUAGCAAUUGCUCUGUUUCUUGAUGGUUUUGUAAACCAAGAAAAAUCGAAACAGCAAUUGACUAUUGUGCAUGAUUUUUUAUACAUGGGUUAUCUUAGACUUAUCUUUUUUUUUGUGUCAAGAUGUACCGAUGAAUACCUCAUCCAACUUGCGAUUAUACCUGGAAAGCCCAAAGAUCUUGACUCUUUCUUAUUGCCUAUUAUAGACGAAAUAAGUAGCUUAGGAAAACAUGGGUUGAUCAUCAAAAAGUUCAAUGGCGAGCAGAUUAAAGCCAAAGUUCACAUGGUCAUGGCCUCUGGUGACAUUCCUCAAGUUACCCAAUUUUGUCACCACACUGGUCACAUGUCUAACAAAGGUUGCCGGAUAUGCGAGGUAGAAGGCGUCAGCCCUCCCCAUGGUAAAGGGAAAUACUACCAGGACCGUUGUGCCACUUUGAGAACAAAGGACGACUUUGUUGGAGGCUACCGCAAAACCCACUUGUUUAUUGGGUCUGUCAUUUUUUAUUUCUCGCAUAACAUCUCACCUUAUGAUGAAAACUGCAGGCAGUUACUCGUGUUGGUAAGUGUUAUGAAUGAUCACUCAGCCGCCGACUACAACAAUUCCAUUCCAGUUGUAACUCUAGAAGCAACUUCUAUAUACCAAAGAUUAGCAGUAAUUAGUAUAAAUGAUAUCCAAAAUCAAGUCGGCUUAGUCCAAACCGCUAUGGACUCAAAGAAAUAUAAAGUAGUUGCUCCAUAUUAUAUAUUUAAUGAAGAUAUGAAAAGUACUGCUGGAAAAUUAAGCCAUAUCAAACUGUAA